AAAAGCAAAAAAAGAAUCAAUAAUAGUAAGAACACAUAAGGCAGUAAUUUGUUGGCAGAGUUAACGAACGCUUCAACGGCAAAAUUUCCGGGGUUCCUCUCUUUCAUCUUCAUGCGUGUUCAUCAAUUCUCAUUUUCUCACGCUUAAUUUUCAUCUCCUCCAAAAGGAUGCGUAAUUGAAGCGAGAAAUUGGAGGAGGAUAAGAAGUUUUGAGUGUUCGUGUUUGUGUGUGUGUGGGUGAGAGUGAUUUUUGUGUUACUAAGGUGAAAGAUCUGGCUAGGGUUUUCGUUUUUGUUUUGAGAUUGAUUGAGGUGAAAUCAAGAAGAUGAGCGCUUCUAGGUUCAUCAAGUGUGUUACUGUUGGGGAUGGAGCUGUUGGUAAAACUUGUUUGCUUAUUUCAUACACCAGCAAUACCUUCCCCACUGAUUAUGUGCCAACUGUCUUCGACAAUUUCAGUGCAAAUGUGGUUGUGAAUGGAGCCACUGUGAAUCUGGGUUUGUGGGACACUGCAGGGCAAGAGGAUUAUAACAGAUUACGACCUUUGAGUUAUCGUGGUGCCGAUGUUUUCAUACUGGCUUUCUCCCUCAUUAGCAAGGCCAGUUAUGAAAAUGUUUCCAAAAAGUGGAUUCCAGAGUUGAAGCAUUAUGCACCUGGUGUUCCCAUUAUUCUUGUUGGCACAAAGCUUGAUCUUCGGGAUGAUAAGCAGUUCUUCGUCGACCAUCCUGGUGCUGUUCCCAUUACCACUGCUCAGGGAGAAGAGCUUAGGAAGCUGAUCAAUGCUCCUGCUUAUAUUGAAUGCAGUUCAAAAUCACAGGAGAACGUGAAAGGAGUCUUUGAUUCAGCUAUAAAAGUUGUCCUUCAACCACCAAAGCAAAAGAAAAAAAAGAGUAAAGCGCAAAAGGCCUGUUCGAUAUUGUGAUUUUCUAGGUCGGUCUUAAAAUUUGACAACCAUUUCCCCGACAUGUAUUUCUCUCCUCUUCUUCCUUUUUUUCAUUCCAAUGCUGUUGAAGAAGUUGGAGUCUAUGUGGGUGUUCGUUCGUCUAACAUACUCUAGAUCUCCUUGAAGUAUAAGGUGGUUGAUGCUUUUCUUUCUUGGAAUUAUUGUGAAUUCUAAUUGUCAAAUUUGCAUUUCAUGGUUCCCACCUUUUUCUUAAGUUACGUUUUAUGUAUUAAUAGACUGGAAUAUCCCAGUUAGGACGACUACCUUGUUUGCUUGAAGAUAUAUAUAUAAUAUCUAAGUUGUUUUGUAUUUCGUUAUAA